GUUUGGCCGCUUUCAUGUUGGAGAGAACGGGGGGCGCUGCAGCGGUCAGCGGCCUCCUCGCCCGCUCCAUGGAGGGGGGGUUCCUGGCGCAGUGCAUCUUCACAGCGGCCCUGGACGGCUGUCCGGCGCAGGUGCAUGUGAAGAUCGUGUCUGGCCUCUGCGAGACGCUCUGCCUGGAGCUUCUGCCGGAAGAGCUCUUAAGUUUACCGAUCAAGGAGCUGGAGAGCGAGCGCCGUUCCUCCCUCCGCCAGGUGCUGGUGCCUCGGUUCUGCGUGGCCAUUGGGAAGUGUGCUGCUGCCCUGUCGGAGGAUUCCCAAUUGGCCAGGCUGAUGGACCCGUUGGAGCAGUGGGCACUGGCUGUGAGCUGUCAUCCAAAUGCCGGAUCUUCACAACCAGCAAG